AUGACAAUUCACCAAGCCACCACCCCUGCCGACUCAAGCGGCAACUCCACCAAAGACAAGGGCCCCUACCACCCAAUCCUCCAAGCCUACGUCGCAGACAAUAACCUUUCCUCCCCGGAAGCUGCCACCACCAUCGCCUCAACCACAUUAUCCCCUCCAGCCUCAGGAGAAUCCCUCGAAGACAAACUCACCCACCUAUGGCGCCUAAUCCUGGACCUCGCCAUCCAAAACCCUGCGCAUCAGGACAAACUGGUAUCACUUCUCACAGCUCUAUCCCAUCUCCCAGACGCCACCGCACCCAGAGCAGAUGAAGAUGAAGACGCCAAAAGCCCGCUAACCGUUCACGACAUGCGCGUCUGGCAAGACCUACCAAUGCUGGGCUGGGAGAUCCGCCACCGGUGGAACGACUCCGUCCCAGCCCCAAGCUCAACUCCAGGGACUAAGGAGACAGAGGAGCGAGCCGCCGCGAUCGCAAGGAUCGUGAACGUGAACCGCUUCGUCGCGCGGCUGGUCGCCACCCACGAGCCGGUCUUCCGGCCGCACGCGUGGUUCGCGCUCGUGACGCUGCGGCGGGCGCUGGAGACACCGUGGGAGCGGAUGAGCCCGGAGGAUCCCCUCGCGGCGUGGGUGCCGGCGGCGGCGGUGUGGGUGGAGGUGCUCGGGGCGGAGAUCUAUGGGUGGGAGGAGGAGUAUGCGGCUGGGCCGGGGGUGGGGGCGAGAGGUCGGGGCGGGCCCCUGUGGAAGGGGAAGCAUGGCUUCUGUCGGGAGCGGUGGGGGCUGUGGAGGGAAAGGUUUGGUGAGGUGGCGGGGAUGGAAGGGGAAGAUGAGGGUGUUCGGAGCGUGGCGCGGGAGGCGGAGCGGAGGAUGAAGGGGAUUGAGGCGGGGGUAGGUGGUGUCGAUAGGUAG